UGGUCUUUCCUCCUCAACUUGUCUGGAAUGUUCAUGGUGUCAGAGAGAAAGAUGAGAACCCACCAAGUGCUCGCCUUCCUCCUGCUCUUCGUGAUCGCCUCCGGGGCCUCUGAGAACGCCAGCACAUCCCGGGGCUGCGGGCUAGACCUCCUUCCUCAGUACGUGUCCCUGUGCGACCUGGACACCAUCUGGGGCAUCGUGGUGGAGGCGGUGGCCGGGGCAGGCGCCCUGAUAACGCUGCUCCUGAUGCUCAUCCUCCUGGUGCGGCUGCCAUUCAUCAAGGACAAGGAGAAGAAGGACCCCGUGGGCCUCCACUUCCUCUUCCUCCUGGGGACCCUGGGCCUCUUCGGGCUGACAUUCGCCUUCAUCAUCCGGGAGGACGAGACUAUCUGCUCGGUCCGCCGGUUCCUCUGGGGCGUCCUGUUCGCGCUCUGCUUCUCCUGCCUGCUGAGCCAGGCGUGGCGUGUGCGGAGGCUGGUGCGCCACGGCAAGAGCCCGUCGGGCUGGCAGCUGGUGGGCGUGGCCCUGUGCCUGAUGCUGGUGCAGGUCAUCAUCGCCAUCGAGUGGCUGGUGCUGACCGUGCUGCGCGACUCGAAGCCUGCCUGCGCCUACGAGCCCAUGGACUUCGUCAUGGCCCUCAUCUACGACAUGGUACUGCUCGUGGCCACCCUGGGGCUGGCCCUCUUCACGCUGUGUGGCAAGUUUAAGAAGUGGAAGCAGAACGGGGCCUGCAUCCUGGUCACCGCCUUCCUCUCCGUGCUCAUCUGGGUGGCCUGGAUGACCAUGUACCUCUUCGGCAACGCCGAGCUGCGGCAGGGAGACGCCUGGGGCGACCCCACCUUGGCCAUCACGCUGGUGGCCAGCGGCUGGGUCUUCGUCAUCUUCCACGCCAUCCCCGAGAUCCACUGCACCAUUCUGCCGGCCCCGCAGGAAAACACGCCCAACUACUUCGACACGUCGCAGCCGAGGAUGCGGGAGACGGCGUUUGAGGAGGACGUGCAGCUGCCGCGGACCUACAUGGAGAACAAGGCCUUCUCGAUGGACGAACACAACGCAGCUCUUCGAACAGCAGGAUUUCGUAAUGGCAGCUUGGGAAACAGACCCAGCGCUCCGUUCAGAAGCAACGUGUAUCAGCCAACUGAGAUGGCCGUUGUGCUCAACGGGGGGACUAUCCCAACUGCUCCGCCAAGUUACACUGGAAGACACCUCUGGUGAAAGACUUUUAAGUUCCAGAGAAUAAGAAUCUCUUACCGAUUUUAUUCCCUGGCCGUGUCUUUCUUGAGGGAGAAAUCAGUAACAGUAGCUGAAAGAGGCCGCCUCGCAGCCGGGAGAUUUGGAAAUCCUAGACAAGAGGGUUCCGUGUAAAUGUGAACACUGCUGAACUGAAAUGCUAACACCGACUGCCCUCCCUCCCCUGCCACACACGUGCACACACACACACACACACACACACACACACACACACACACACACAUAAUACCAAACCAACCUCAAACCCUGUAAACUAAAGCAAAGCUAAUUGCAAAUAGGAUUAGGCUCACUCGAAAAUGUGGCUGGGAAGACUGUUUCAUCCUCUGGGGGCAGAAAAGAACCAAGUUCACAGCCAGUGGGACAGGCUGGUGUGGGCUGAACAUGGAACGCCCCUACGCCGUCGUCCCUCCCCGGCAAGUGCUGGACCCCUCUUGGGGUGGCCUCUUGGGGGUAACCGUUUCCCUGAAGAGGACGAAUGGGGGCUUUUCCACCAGCCUGCCUGUUGGUUUUCACAUUUCAGGGGGGUCAGGCGCAGUUGAGGAGAUUGCGGGUGUGGUUCCAAGACUGAGGACCAGCUGAACUGAGGAGAGAGCUUUACAGGCAGGAGUGGUGGAGGGAGCCUGGCGUGUGCCAAAGAAAAGGCUGUCUGGGAGUUAAAGGGACCAUCACACUUAGAGAGUGGUGCCUGGCCGCUGUUCCUUCUUGGGCCCCCUGCUCCGGCGCCAGUGGCAGGAAGCAAGCCCGCCUCCCUCCCUGGUGCAGCCCUUGCCGUUGCUGGCUGGGGCAGCCGUAUCUCCCCCGCUCACCUCCGCCUAUUCCAGCCCUCAUCAGUGUUCCUCCAAGUCCUUCCCCGGUUCUGUUCCCACCUUCGUUUCAAAAGCUCAGACGAGGCCACCAGCUCAAGGCGCCCUGGUGUGGCCAGGAGGCAGAGGCCACAGCCAACUUUCCACGAUGCUGUCACGUGGCGGGGCAUCCCAGGGGUGCCCCGGCUGGAGAGGUGACACCUGCUGCCUGGCAUGCAGUGAGUUUUUGGGUCUUCUAUGCAGAUGUAGUGAAAGGUCCAGGGUGGGCCGAGCACGUGAGGGUUUUCUUGCUGCUUUUGGAGGGUGCGUGGGACAGUUUUGUCUUGGUUUCCUACAAGGCCCAUGAAAAUGGUUCUCUUCAAAGCUCAUUGUUUCUGUCAUGGUUUCCAUCUGUCCUAAGUAAGUCAUUCCUUUAUUUGGCAUUUCGAACAUCUCGGCCAUUCAAAGCCCCAUGGUCUCUGCACUGUUUGGCCAGCAUAAUCGCUAGUCACGAUUCAAAGCAAAGAGUUUUAACCUGACGGCAUGGAAUGUAUACACGAGGGUGGGCGUUUUGAAUAUACUCUAAUCACUGUAUCGCUUUUUUCUAUAAAACAACCCAUAAGCCUUUAACCUUUAAAGGAAAUGAAAAAGGUUAGUGUUUGGGGGGAACUGACCUCUUCGUAAGCCAACAUGUUUCAGCUGAGUAUGUUUUAAUAAACCUUCUGAUUUUUCUCGAG